GCUGUGCUGGCAGGGGGAAAGUGAUCGUGGCAGAGCAGAGAUGAACUGUGUAGCUCGCUGGGACUCCGUGGCCAGUCGUCACUUUUAUACCGGGGUUCAUUUGUCUGACAUUAACACGGAAUGGGAAAGACUGGAUUUAUGUUUUUUUGCACAGAUACACUGAACGAAUGUGUCGCGUAAUGAGAGUUGGGAGAGCUGCCUUCGGUGGGAAAUACUUAUGGUUCGGGACGGUUUUGCUGAAGUAGCUUAGUUGCUAGCGCUGUGCUAGCGACUGUGCUGGGCUACUUGGAACGUAUUUUCGCAAGGAUGCUACGCUGGAUACGACAGCAGCUGGGCUUUGACCCCCCUCAUCAGAGCGACACCCGGACGGUUUAUGUAGCAAACCGUUUCCCCCAGCAUGGCCACUACGUACCACAACGCUUUGCUGACAACAGAAUCAUCUCCUCCAAGUACACAAUUUGGAAUUUUGUUCCAAAGAAUCUGUUUGAGCAGUUCAGAAGAAUAGCCAACUUCUAUUUUCUCAUCAUCUUCCUUGUACAGUUAAUGAUAGACACCCCAACUUCCCCAGUCACCAGCGGUCUGCCUCUCUUCUUUGUAAUCACAGUAACUGCCAUAAAACAGGGCUACGAGGACUGGCUGAGACACAAGGCAGACAAUGAGGUGAAUGGGGCUCCGGUGUUUGUCGUUCGCAGUGGAAGUCUGGUCCAGACAAGAUCCAAGAACAUCAGGGUGGGGGACAUCGUUCGUGUGGCAAAAGACGAGACGUUCCCUGUUGACCUGGUGUUGCUGUCAUCCGAUCGUGCAGAUGGCACCUGUCACAUCACCACAGCCAGCCUCGAUGGAGAGACCAACCUUAAGACUCACUACUCUGUGGCAGAGACAGCAGUGUGUCAGUCAGUGUCCCAGCUGGAGGCUCUGCAGGCUGUGGUCGAGUGUCAGCAGCCUGAAGCUGACUUGUACAGGUUUGUCGGUCGGAUGACGGUGACUCAGCAUGGAGAGGAGAUAGUCAGACCACUGGGUCCAGAGAAUUUGCUGCUGCGAGGAGCCAGGUUGAAAAAUACCAAAGAGAUUUUUGGUGUGGCAGUUUACACAGGGAUGGAGUCCAAGAUGGCCCUCAACUACAAGUGCAAAUCACAGAAACGCUCUGCAGUGGAGAAGUCCAUGAAUACCUUCCUAAUCAUCUACCUGGGAAUCUUGCUGUUUGAGGCCAUCCUCAGCACCAUUCUGAAGUAUGCCUGGCAGGCUGAGGAAAAAUGGGACGAGCCCUUCUACAACCAGAUGACUGAACAAGAGAGAAACAGCAGCCCGAUCCUGAAGUUCAUCUCAGACUUCUUGGCAUUUCUGGUCCUCUAUAACUUCAUCAUCCCCAUCUCGCUUUACGUCACUGUGGAGAUGCAGAAGUUCCUGGGCUCCUUUUUCAUUGGCUGGGAUUUAGAUCUUUACCACGAGGAGAGCGACCAGAAAGCUCAGGUCAACACCUCUGACCUCAAUGAGGAGCUGGGGCAGGUGGAGUACGUGUUCACAGAUAAGACAGGUACCCUAACGGAAAACGAGAUGCACUUCCGUGAGUGUUCAAUCAAUGGAACCAAAUACCGGGAAGUUAACGGCAAACUGGUACCUGAAGGAAUGACUGAAGAUUCUCCAGAUGGUUCUACGCCUCAUCUGAUUGGCGAUGAAUUGUUAUUUCUGAAGGCGGUGUCUUUGUGUCACACGGUUCAGAUCAGCUACGACCAGCCAGACUGCCUGGUUGGGGGAGGAGACCCAUUCUCCCAUGCAAAUGGCUUCUCCUCCAGUCACAUGGAAUACUACGCCUCUUCACCAGAUGAGAAAGCUUUAGUCGAGGCAGCAAAGAGGAUCGGAGUGACCUUCACUGGCAGCAGUGGAGAUACCAUGGAGAUCAAAACGUUUGGCAAAUCAGAGAGAUAUAAACUGCUCCAUGUAUUAGAGUUUGACGCCAACCGGAGAAGGAUGAGUGUCAUACUGCAGACUCCCUCAGGUGGCAAAGUGCUGUUCACCAAAGGCGCAGAGUCGGCCAUCUUGCCUUUCGCUACCGGUGGUGAGAUAGAAAAGACGAGACUGCACGUUGACGAGUUUGCCCUGAAAGGUUUGCGGACUUUGGUGGUAGCAUGUCGCCACUUCAGCCCAGAGGAGUACAUUGAUGUGGACAGGCGGCUGACCGCUGCCCGCACCGCGCUGCAGCAGAGGGAGGAAAGACUGCAGGAGGCCUUCGCCUACAUCGAGAGAGACCUGCAGCUGCUGGGAGCGACGGGAGUUGAGGACAAACUUCAAGACAAAGUCCAGGAAACCAUUGAGGCUUUACGGCUGGCAGGGAUCAAAGUAUGGGUGCUGACAGGAGACAAACAUGAGACAGCAGUCAGCGUCAGCCUGUCCUGUGGUCACUUCCACAGAACCAUGAACAUCCUGGAGCUUCUGCAACAACGCUCUGAUAACGAGUGUGCUGAGCAGCUCCGCAUACUUGCUAGGAGGAUAAAGGAGGACCACGUCAUACAGCACGGGUUAGUCGUGGAUGGAGCCAGUCUGUCUUUAGCGUUGAGGGAACACGAGAAGCUCUUUAUGGAAGUGUGUAAAAACUGUUCAGCUGUGCUGUGCUGCCGCAUGGCCCCACUGCAGAAAGCCAAGGUGGUGCGUCUUUUAAAAACAUCUCCGGAGAAACCGAUCACACUAGCUAUUGGGGAUGGAGCCAAUGAUGUCAGUAUGAUACAGGAAGCUCACGUGGGCAUCGGUAUCAUGGGGAGGGAGGGUCGUCAGGCCGUGAGAAACAGUGACUAUGCAAUUGCCAGGUUUAAGUUCCUGGCUAAACUACUGCUGGUCCACGGUCACUUCUACUACAUUCGAAUAGCUACGCUUGUACAGUACUUUUUCUACAAGAAUGUGUGUUUUAUCACGCCCCAGUUUUUAUACCAGUUCUUCUGUCUGUUUUCACAACAAACUCUGUAUGACAGUGUUUAUCUGACACUGUACAACAUCUGCUUCACCUCGCUGCCCAUCCUGGUGUACAGUCUGUUUGAACAGCUGGUCCAUCCUCAUGUGCUGCAGAGCAAACCUGCCCUGUACAGGGACAUCAGCAAGAACUCUCUGCUGUCUUUCCGGACGUUCCUGUACUGGACUCUGCUGGGCUUCUGUCACGCCUUUGUCUUCUUCUUCGGAUCGUACAUACUGAUGGGAGAAGACACUACACUUAUGGGCAAUGGACAGAUGUUUGGAAACUGGACAUUUGGAACGCUGGUCUUCACAGUCAUGGUCAUCACUGUCACAUUAAAGCUUGCAUUAGAGACUCAUUUCUGGACGUGGAUGAACCAUUUUGUGACGUGGGGUUCGAUUGCCUUCUACUUCAUCUUUUCUCUGUUCUAUGGAGGCAUCAUCUGGCCAUUUCUCCACACCCAGGACAUGUACUUUGUAUUCGUGCAGCUGCUAUCCAGCGGUUCGGCCUGGUUCGCCAUCAUCAUCAUCGUCAUAACUUGCCUCUUCCCUGAUGUGGUGAAGAAGAUUUUCUACAGACACCUGCAGCCAACCAGCACACAGAAGAGUCAGUCUUUAUCAGCCUCCCAGGCGCAGGCCCUCAGCUGUGUGGAGUCCCUGUGCUGCUACCAACAUGGGCAGAGUGGCUGUUCCCGCCUGGCCCGCUUCCUGGAGCAAAUGACAGGGCAGUGCCAGGCCGGCACCAAUCGUUGCCACACAUCCAGCCGCAGCAACAGGUGGGGAGGACGGCGACGACAUGAAACCGUGAUUAUGAAUCCUGAUGAACCCUCAGCACCUCUUGGUUUCAAAAAUUUAGGCUGCAGUCCUGACUGUAAUAGCCCCUAAUGUGGCUACAACCCUACUGUCUUGGAGCGACACAGAGACCUUCUACUCCAACGAUCGCAGCAUCCUGACGCUGUCGCCCAUCGAGGCCACCCACUGCUGACUCCCAGGGCCACAGACUGUAAAAUGCAGAGCUUCAGGAGAGCUGCGGCUCCGCUGUGAAUCUUAAUCACAACCCCACCCCCACCCCCACCCCACUGCCACCAUUUCAUAAACCUACUUCACUUUAAAGUCGAUGCUGUCGCAUUACGUGAAACCAAAGGACUCGGCUCGGUGCAGCAGGCUGCUUUUUGCUUCGCCCAUUUGUUGCCCCGAGUGAAUCAGUUCUCAGUGGGAAGUUUCAGAAGGACGUCAGAUGGCGUGGGACAAAAUGAAACGUGACAUGUGGAGCGAAUCAGCAUGGCAUGACGCCGACAUCUGUGGAGCCGCUCCUGUAGAAAGAUCCAGUCAUCACGUGAGCAGCAACAGUUACCAGAGUUCCUGCAGCUGAUAGGUUAAGUCCCACAGAAGAUUCUGAAAACCCCAUAUUUAAAUUUGCUACCCUUUAAAAACUAAACCAGACGUGAGCUUGCAGGUGCUGCGCAUGAACUCUCAUGCGGCUAUUUAUUAUUCUUUUGCGGUACCGUUGCCAAACUUAUUUUUUCAUGCAAAUGGCAUAAAAAUGACUUUCUCUCGUAAAUUUGUAGACACAGAUUGGAAAUUCCUGACAGCCUGGACUUCAUGCUUCAAACCUAAGCUAACGUCCGGCAUCAGUCCUGCUAGAAGCGUUGCAGCCUAAGGACUGUUACCUGUUACCUUGGACAUGCUGACACAGGAUUGAGGUGGCUUAUAGACUCUGGCUACCAGGAUCAUCCAUUUAGCACCGGGACAGAAGGUCCGCAGACUUGGACAUCAAGAGUACAUCUCGGAGGUGUCGGCUAGCUGCUAAAGCUUCAGCUGUCAGCCCCGAUGCACCGUCGUUUCGCAUUCAGGUGGAACAGCGAGACCACCCUCAGUCCUGUAGCUUUGAGAGUCUUGCUGGCUCUGUUAAAAUCUGUCCCCCUUGGACCCGCAGUCCUCGCUGGAUACUGUGCAAGGAGAUUCAUCUCUACCGUGGAACCAAAGACCAAAGGAUUCAGACUGGAGAUUAAAAGAAAAAAUGUUUAUUUUUGUGCCUGAUUGUACAGAAGCUUAUAUUGUUAAGAAGACUAUUAUUGUUGUUCGUGUUGCUUUGUCUUCUGACUGUUGAGACCUCGGUCUCCCCCGGUGUGUUGAUCUGAAGGAGGCCGGAUGGGGUCUGUUCAAAAAGCCAUACGUUGUUGAUAGUCGAUUGAAGGUACUGCAGAUAGAAGCUGUUUGAGCCUGUUGUUGUUGUUGUUGUUGUUGUUGUUGUCGUCACUUAGUGUUUGGAAACUUGCUCCCCUUAAAUGCCUUUUCUCAUUCAGCCGGGUUAGCAAAAGCGUCUCAGCAUUGAAGACCAUGAUGCUCAGGGAACAUUGUGAGAGCGUUUUUAUAACAUCUGUACAAACAGACUUGGAGGUGAGAUCUUCCCUCUCAGCCUAAAAUUAAGUCCCGAGUAUCGGAUCAGAUGUUGGUACUGUUUUUAUUUUGGUGAGACAAACAUGGCUUUAAUGGCGAGAUCCUUUUCAAAGCCACGGCUGGUGCGUGUCGACCCGGACAGCAGAAUGUGUGUGAUAGCUGAGGCCACGUGCGAUGAGCGUACUUCAGCUUCAGUCGGGACGAAAAGCCGAGCGUUUGCACAAGUCGCACGUAAAAAUGUGAGUUUUUCUGUUUCGUGUUUUCACAUAUCAUCGCUCGUCUCUCACCAUUGAAAUCAUCUGAAUCAUGUUUUUGCUGUUAAGAUUUUCUUGCUGUGUGUGUUUCUGUUCACGUGUGUGUGUGUGGAGGUGGGUGUGUGUGUGUGGUUGAAGUACAGUACGUAGCCUUGUUGUAAGCUCUCAGUGGCCGCAUGCUGCCGGCAGGUCGAAGGUUCCUCUUUGAGGCUCGAUUCGUCCUGAGGAAAUGAGUUUGACGGUUCUUAAUUUUCAGGAGAUUUCAGUCCAGAAUGUGACUGACAGCUGACAGAAGUGUAAAGCAGAAACUUUUCAAGACAACCGUUUUAAACUUGACAUCAGCAACCACACAAGAAUAACCGGCACACGCCUCAGCUCACACAGGGAACGUACGCAGUCAUGGGACGUUUGUGUUCCUCAGUAAUGUUCAUUGAAUAUCUUCUCCAUGGUGCACAUUUGAUGCAUACCUGGGCCUCUUAUUUCCUUUCUGUUCAUCCAUGUGACAGCGAAAGGCUUUAUUUAUUAUUGCGGUACUUCUGUUUGUGUUGAACUUUUCUGACAUAUCAGUAUGCGUGUGUGUCAUUGCCUGUAUGCAGCAACUUCCCAAGAUGUUUUACUUGAUAUUAGGUAUGUAAUCAGGAGGUUGACCCUCUAUCAGUUAUUUUAUUUUUUUUUUCUUUGCUUGAGUUGAAAGGUGACUCUGCAGCUGGUAGCCUGAAUGUUAGUUUGUUUACACUCCAACAACCCAACGGUUCUUUUUAAAUCAUUUGAGCUCAUAUGUGCUAUUAAACUGUCUACCUGGAUGUUUAACCUUUUUUUUUUUCUUAGACUGGCCAAGUCAUUUUAGAUAAUGAGAGGCAAACAUCAGUCAUAGAGAAUAAAAGUUUUGGCGUUAAACCCGCUGAAUAAUAGAGUGGUUGAACGUACCUACCUGGAAUCUGUACCUGGAUUACCUGGACACCAUGUGGAGCGCUGCUCAGCCUGUGAAAGUAGUUGUGUAAUGUCCUCUGUGGCUCUGGAGGGAGCUGCCAAAUCACCCGGGAUGUCAUCCCGAGUUAGGCUU